AUGCGACAGAGCCGGCUGCAGCUGUAUCGUCUCAUCACAAUUGCUUGUGUUGUUGGUUCCGUGGUGGCAGCAGUGAUCCAGCAAGUCCUCAAGCUACAACCACAGGACUCUUUCUGUCGAAAGACUGCCAUCACUCUAAACUCGCGUCCUCCAUGGAUCAAGAAUCUUCCGCUGAAUCCGAAUGCAACCUUGGCGAAUGAUGUGCUGGCAAUUCAUCAUGAUGUCUACGAGUCAAGGGUGAUUGUCACGCUUCAACAGAACGGACGGUGCCCGAGGCCGUACUUGAUGGGACGACUUUCGGGCCCCGCGUUGGUCAAGGUGGAAAAUUGGACCAAGAUCCAUGCCCCUAUCGUAUCGAACGAGACGAACAUGCCAGUGCAGCUCACGGCCACCAUGGAAGGCACCUAUCGGGCACCAGUGGGCGGUCAGUACUUUUUGGAAGUUGUCGCCAUCUAUUGCGACGAUGCAUUCUAUGAUUUGAAACACAGGCAAGACUUGUUCUUUCAAGAAAAGCAACCAAUCGAGUUGAGCCAAACAAAUGUCAGUAGAAAGGCUGUGGAUUGGUGGGGACUCCAAGAAACCCGAGAGGUUAUGACGUUUCACUUUGCCCCUGUUUGCGUAGAGAAUCCUUAUCAGCAUCGACUAACGGCUAACCAUGCCACUAUAUGGGUAGACCAUGAGACUGUAAAAACACAGAGGGCAUUAUCCGAGCACACUCACUCACUCCGUUAUACAAGGCAUCAGCCCUACACCUGUAUGAUGGCAUAUAGAAAAAAGGAAGCACUACCACCAGAAUGUGUAGAACCGGCAUCACAUGAACGCUACCACGACUAUAAAUUCCAGUGGAAUCAACACCCCAAGACCAACCAUCGACAUGAUGGCCGCGGCCCUCCCAUCAGAAUCCAGUCUCUUUCGUUACCACAACCAACUGUGAUUUGUUUCAUGGGGGCCAGUCAUGCUCGGUUCUUCAAGGAGGCGGCGGAACGAUUGAACAUUACUCGAGCCAACAACAAUUUGACGAUUCACUGGUCCGAGGUCCCUUACCCCACUGACAUCCAACCAGGAGUGGUCCAAAGGUUGAUCCAGAUUCAGCGUUGCAAUAAACUCGUCAUUGGUGUCGGUCAAUGGCCCGCCAGCUAUUCCACCAAUCCACCAAUGAUGGUGCACGCCUUUUAUCUACACAUGAAGAGGGCACUUUCCCUCCUUGUCCAGUUCAACCUCACACAGCAAGUAGAUGUCUACACACGCAACAUACAUUACAAUCCACUGACCCAUUUCAUCUCCAAGUGCCCUCCCGAGGGAUGGAGGAAUCCCAUGGUCAUUGACGGAUACAAUGCCGUGAUCCAGCAACUCUGCCGUGAAAUGUCUCCGCAUAUUAGCUGUUUGGAUACCCACUUUCUAACCGGAGCCAUCUGGGAUGGCAGUCCAGACUGGUGCCACAUGGGUCCUCGAGGAGCGGAAGAAGAGCUCUUGUACGUGUCCGCCAAGAUCUUGGGGUUGCUGCCAUCGAGGAGUGAUGCAGAAACGGAUGCAGCCACGAAUGAGAAAUCUCUUUCUCUUGUCAAUGAAUAGACCACUCCACUUGCGUGCGGCUAGCUCAGCGCUUUGGAGCUGGCUGAAGCACAACAAUGAAACCUAGUCGGGUAUUGCAACUACACAUUGCAGAUAUUUUGGAAGCAAGUGAGAGUUCGCGACGCCCAGCGGAUUGAGGGAAGGCACAACCUGCACCGGAACGUUGGAUGGCAUCGUCAGCAUCCAUUUCCGCGACUUGGACCAACACGAUACAAUCC